GAGGAGAGACUGCCAAUACACGGCUACUUUUCCCUCCUCGAACCUUCUCUCUGCAUAUGUGAACAGUAGCUUAUCACUCAACCGUUUAAUGCGAUGAGGCCUGCGACUUCGAUUCUCAUGUGCUCCAAUGGCUUCUACAAAUCCCCGUGCUGAUUGGGAGAAAGUUGGUGAUCAGCUCUACCGCAAAAUCCGAAUCUACGAUGCGGUUUUUGAUGAAGACCUAGAGUUAGAAAACUAUAUUGCCGUUGGCGCCCCGUACGGCGGUGCAAUAGCUUUGUAUCGUGAUGAAAGUAAGCUGCAAAGAUAUCGAGAUCCGCAGCCCGCAAAAUCAAGUAUAGAUAUAUUUUCGUAUUCUGGACAACGGAUAAACCGUAUCAAUUGGGAUCAUGGGUCUAUUCGGGGCCUUGGGUGGUCGGAAGACGAAAAGCUACUGGUGGUGGCCGAAGAUGGUACCGUGCGGUGCUACUAUGGUCUGAACGGAGAUUUCUCGCCGUUUUCUCUAGGAGCUGCUGCGGAAGAGCACCGUGUAAAGGACUGUCGAUUCUGGUCGACUGGGUUUGUUGCUCUUCUCUAUAAUAAUCAGUUGGUAUCAGUGACCAGCUACAAUGAGCCCCGGCCAAAGCUGCUCGCCCUUCCGCCAGAAGGGGAAAUCCAUUCAUGGUCAAUUACCCCACCUAGUUAUACGCUUUCUCGUUCCGUGGAAGUGCUCCUUUCAAUUAGUCAGACCAUCUACGUGGUAGAUGUUACUGAUGCAGAAGAUCGUGUGUUGCAAAAUGGCCCUUUUAAGCAUAUUAGCGUCUCUUCGAACGGCCGUUUUGUCGCCUUGUUCACAGGUGAUGGGAAGCUCUGGGUCGUCAGCAGCGACUUUCAGAACAAAUUCAGUGAAUACGAUUCCGGCGCCAAAACUCCACCUAAAGGCGUAACAUGGUGUGGCAAUGAUUCUGUAGUUCUAUCUUGGGAGGAUGAAGUUCAUAAUGUUGGUCCCAACGGGGCCUCUGCUAAGUAUUUUUAUGAUGGCCACAUUCACGUUAUCCCGGACUUUGAUGGAGUGAGACUGUUCACUAACGAGGCUUGCGAGUUUUUGCAGAAGGUUCCUGAUAUGACAGCAGAAGUAUUCAGACUUGGUUCAAAUUCUCCAGCUGCAGUAUUACUAGAUUCAGUUGAGCAACUUGAAAAGAGGUCCCCAACCGCGAAUGAAAACGCCCAGCGUAUUCGGCCAAACCUUGUCGAGGCGGUCGACACAUGUGUCAAGGCAGCGGGACAGGAGUUUAAUCCUUUUUGGCAGAAGCAGCUUCUCAAGGCUGCAUCGUUCGGCAAAUCGAUUCUUGAGCUAUAUAACAGCGACGAAUUUGUAGAUAUGUGUGAGAAAUUACGCGUGCUGAAUGCGGUUCGCGAUUACCGGAUCGGCCUCCCCAUUUCUUAUGAGCAAUAUCUCCGACUUACUCCCGAGAGGUUAAUUGAACGUUUAAUUAACCGGCAUGAAUACCUCCUUGCCAUUCGUUUAUCCGAGUAUCUUCGAUUGCCUGCUGAUAAAAUCUAUGUCCACUGGGCGAGCCAGAAAGUGAAGACUUCGAGUGAAGAUGACGAAGCAAUUUGCCAUUUGAUAGUUCAAAGGCUGCACGGAAAGCAAGGAAUAUCUUUCGAAUCUAUCGCUCGAGCAGCCUACGAUGAAGGUCGUGCACAUCUAGCUACGCAGCUCCUGAAUUUUGAGCCCCGUGCAGGGAAGCAGGUUCCAUUACUCUUGAGCAUGGAGGAAGAUACGCUUGCACUGGAUAAAGCGAUAGAGAGUGGAGAUACAGAUCUAAUCUUCUUCGUUUUGCUCCAACUGAAACGAAAGCUUCCGUUGGCAACGUUCUUCAGGACAAUAAACAAUCGACCGGUGGCUUCAGCGCUGGUCGAAGCGUCCGCUUGGGAUCAAGACGUCGAGCUACUAAAAGACUUGUUUUACCAAGAUGACAGGUCUAUUGAUGGAUCGAAUCUGCUCUUCAGAGAGGCUCUAAAACAACCCAGUCUGCAAGGAAAAAUAGAUAAGAUGCGUAUCGCAUCUCGCUUGCUCUCAGAUUCUAAAGACGCAAACGUUCAAUCGCAUCUCAAGGCACUAACCGAAGCGUCUCAACUCCUGAAAAUCCAAGAAGGCCUAGACAAAGAUCUCUCUGACGGCGUCAAUUUUGUUGGUCUAAGUGUGAACGAAACUAUAUACAGGCUGAUUCGAUCUGGUUACGGGAAACGCGCCAGCAAAGUUCAGAGUGAAUUCAAAGUUCCCGAGAAAACUUAUUGGUGGUUGAGACUGCGAGGUUUAGUCGCAAAGCGUGACUGGGGGGAGCUUGAAGAAAUAGGCAAAGCCAAAAAAUCCCCUAUUGGAUGGGAGCCUUUUUACAACGAGAUUCUCGGGGCCGGAAACACGAAACUUGCUUCCACAUUUAUCCCCAAGUGCACCACACUAGGCGUUUCCGAAAGAAUUGAGAUGUGGAUCAAGUGCGGAAUGGUAGUUAAGGCCGGAGAAGAGGCCCUCAAGGCAAAAGAUAUCAGCAGCCUUGAGCGGUUAAGAACUCGCGCCUCCGGCAAUACUGUGGCGGAAAUAGACCGGAUGAUUAUUCAACUGAGGCCCAAGAAAUAAGAUCCAUUGUGAAAAUAAUUUUGAAGCCGCUGUCCGGGUUUAGGUGAUCUCUCCGUCGAGUUCAAAAUCAAACUGCUCCGUCUGCGCGGGUUGGGCGAGUUGCGGUGGAUUAACGGAUGACACGGCUGGUUUUCGUUGUUUCGGUUGUCUUUCGUUGUCGCUCGUAUCCAUGGCAUCAGGGCCUUGAUCUUGUAGAAUCUUAUAUGCAUUUGUGC